GCGACCGGACCCUUUUUUUUUUGUUUUUUGGAGCGGUUGGGGGAGGGGAGCGUUCGGCGUUGCUCGUGUCUCGGCGCUGCCUCAUGGCUUUCAACUUCGGGGCGGCUGCUGGCGCCGCGGCCGCCCCAAACCCCGCGGGAGCUUUUGGGGGGUUUGGGACCGCCACCACCACCGCGGGGUCCACCUUCAGUUUCUCAACUCCUACAAAUACAGGGUUGUUUGGAGCUACCCAGAACAAAACUUUUGGUUUCGGUACCACCUUUGGAACAGCACCAGCGACAGGAACGGGGCUCGGUACCGGCUUGGGAACCGGUUUGGGAUUUGGUGGUUUCAACACUCAGCAGCAGCAACCAACACUUGGAGGUCUCUUCAGCCAGCCUGCUCAAGCCCCAGCACAGUCCAACCAGCUGAUCAACACAGCAAGCGCGCUUUCCGCCCCUACCCUCUUGGGAGAUGAGCGAGAUGCCAUUUUGGCCAAGUGGAAUCAAUUGCAGGCAUUUUGGGGCACAGGCAAAGGGUAUUUCAACAACAACAUUGCCCCGGUGGAAUUUACGCAGGAGAACCCAUUCUGCAGAUUUAAGGCUGUGGGCUACAGCUGCAUGCCCAACAACAAGGACGAAGAUGGCUUGGUGGCCCUAGUCUUCAAUAAAAAAGAAACAGAGAUUCGUGGUCAGCAGCAGCAACUGGUGGAAUCGUUGCACAAAAUCUUGGGUUCAAACCAGACGCUCACGGUCAACGUAGAAGGUGUAAAGACAAUGCCAGAUGACCAAACGGAAAUAGUGAUCUACGUGGUUGAACGGUCACCCAACGGGACUUCCAGGCGGGUUCCAGCCACCACCCUGUAUGCGCACUUCGAACAAGCCAACAUCAAAGCCCAGUUGCAGCAGCUUGGCGUGACCCUCAGCAUGGCCAGGACGGAGCUGUCUCCAGCACAGGUUAAGCAGCUGCUGCAGCAUCCUCCUGCAGGUGUUGAUCCAAUCAUUUGGGAACAAGCCAAAGUGGACAACCCCGAUCCUGAAAAGCUGAUUCCAGUCCCAAUGGUUGGCUUCAAGGAACUCUUAAGGCGGUUGAAAGUUCAAGACCAAAUGACAAAGCAGCACCAGAGCCGACUGGACAUAAUAUCAGAAGAUAUAAGCGAGCUUCAAAAAAACCAGACUACAACCAUGGCCAAAAUCGCUCAGUACAAGAGAAAGCUAAUGGAUCUUUCUCAUCGAACUUUGCAGGUGUUAAUCAAGCAGGAGAUCCAGAGGAAAAGCGGGUAUGCCAUCCAAGCGGACGAGGAGCAACUCCGGGUGCAGCUGGAUACGAUUCAGUGCGAACUCAACGCCCCAACCCAGUUCAAGGGUCGGUUGAAUGAGCUGAUGUCACAGAUCAGAAUGCAAAACCACUUUGGAGCUGUCAGAUCCGAAGAGAGAUACUAUAUCGACGCAGACCUCUUACGGGAAAUCAGACAGCAUCUGAAGCAGCAGCAAGAAGGACUGAGCCACCUGAUCAGUAUUAUAAAAGAUGACCUGGAAGACACAAAGCUGAUAGAACAUGGCUUGAAUGAGAGCAUUCCAGUUAGAGGGGGCGUCUUCAGUUGAUCGAAUGGUCCUUUCCAUUGACUCUAUGGGCACAGAAAACACCUUGUUUUCCUUCACUGAAGUUCACCAGGUGGUUAUUUGGACCAGAAAUUUUAGUGAAGGUUCUGAGAGAGUGCCAGGGACUUGGCACUCUACCCUGAAGGUCAAAAAGGGAUAAAGGUGGUAGGAAAAACAAAACAAAAACCCUGCACUUGAUUUUAAGGUGGAAGGAUACUUUAGACACCGCUCUGUGAUUUAAGCCUGCGUUUCUAUUAUGUUCAACUAUGUUUCAUUUUUUGUGUUUGUUUUUUUUUUCCAAUUUUCCGAACAACACUUCCAGUGUUAAAUUAUCAGUGGGGGGAAAAUAACACACUUUCUCUGUAAGAGAAACAACACAAAACAACUGAUUUAAAGGAGAAACGCACCUGCCAAUGUUUGGGAAAGAAACGCACAGGUCAAAGGUGUGGGUUUUUUCCCCUCCUUUGUGCUUAACAAGCACAAAACUGUAAUUCUAUAUCAUUUCAUCAGAAUUUACAAUAUUACUGACAGAUAAUGAAAUCUGCUUUCAGCUAUAUGGUCUUUGUAAUGGAUGACUUGUUUUCAAGAUUACUACAGAUGGAAACUGGGUCUGGGUGUCUUAAUUUUGCCCAAUCACUAAUUAAUCUGUUGGCCUAAAUAUUCUAUGACAGGAGUCUCCAACCUGGGUCCCUUUAAGACUUGUGGACUUCAACUCCCAGAGUCCUCAGCCAGCAAAGCUGGCUGACGAACUCUGGGAGUUGAAGUCCACAAGUCUUAAAGGGACCCAGGUUGGAGACCCCUGUUCUGUGAGAUUCACAGCUACUGACAUCCUUAUCCACCACCUCCUGUUCUCCUGAUACAACAGAAGGCUGCAUUUGAAGCCGGGGCCUGUUGCCUUAACCCAAGACACUCCAACCCUAGAAACUUUAAGGCUCAAUGGACUUCAGCUCCCAGAAUUCCUUAAGCCGCCAGGCCUUUCUGGGAGUUGAAGUCCACAAGUCUUAUUUGGAGACCCCCCUGCUUCAACAUCCCCCUCCUAAUCUAAGGCACAGUGAAGGAAUUGUGCCCUCCAUGUUGUAUUUCCUAAGGUGAAGCUGAAAAUGACAUCCUUACAGUAACUGCCUAAGAAAAGCUUUUAAAGGGGGUAUUGCUUUAUUAUAUUAGAAAGCUAGCUGCUGGUUUGUUUCUUUGUUUGUUUUUAAACCAGGAACUGGGGCUGAGGGAAUAGCCACAAUAGUGUGCUGGCCUUCUUUCAGAUUUCUUGGGAGAAUGAAACAGCGGCUUUGUUAUAAUUGUUUUUCCAUUUGUUGUUAUGUUAUUAAUUGCACCAGGGAGAAUAAAGCUAGACUGUCAAACUGGA